GUACGGCGGGAUUAAACGUUCCCUCACUGGAUUAACAGCUCCAUCGUCGCUUUAGGAGCCUGACAGCAUGACUUUAUAUGCAGUUCAUAUCUAAAAAUCACAAUUAGAUUAAACCUACUUUAGAUGCAAUCUGCUCAUCUCUGUUAUUCAUACGGGAUGGUUCAUAUCAUGAAGCGGGUAAAUGAUUGACUCGACCUGUUUGGACCACUGGGUGAUGUCUUUUUUCAUCCAGUGACGUUUCCUGGUGAAAGAACACUUGGAUACAGGUUUUCAGAUUCGAGCACUGAUUUUCGCAUUUAAAGAGGAAUCAAACAUGGGAAAACCAGUCACUGCGUUUCACUGGUUUCUCCUCACAUUGGGACUUGUUGCGGCUCAAGCAGAGACUGCAGGGAGAGCUUUGCCCAACUGGCUGACGGGAAUCAUCGCGGUCGCCGUGUUCCUCUUUCUCGUCUUCAUCUCCUUCCUUGUAAACAAAGCCUGGUGUAACAAUCCAAGCCAACCAGAAGCAGUCGUACAGAAUGCAUACGCCAUGACUAAUGGAUCAUCAAUCUAUGAAACCAGUCUUGACGCAGUCAGGAGCGGUGACGGUCCUAACGCGUAUGAGAACGUAAUCGUUCACCAAAUGGAGGAAAAAGUCACCGCAAUGUAAUUUCAAGGAAAUGUGAGGGUCAGCACAAUGCUAACCUUAAUUCCAUUGUAACAGGUUAUAAUUUUAAUAGCCGACACAGCUUUUCUUUUGUACCAAAGGUGAUUUUUUUAGGUUUGCUAAUCGACUAAACACUAACUUAUUAAUUCUAGAGGGCGUCAGUUUUUGCAGCAGUUUCAAUCAUGAAAAUAUCAGAAAACAUCUCUUUGGUAAUAAAUCAAUAUACCCUACCAUUCUUUUUUUUCUUUGAAAAAGACUAACAGUGAGAUCAAAAUUAGCCAAAAAAAAAACUAAACAAAACCAAAAAAACGAUAGGUUUCAUUUCAUAGUAAAUCAAUUUACAAUUAACUAUUAGAGACCCAUUUAUGAGAGAAAUGGUUCUCUAAUUUAGAUCUCCAAAAGGUGCAUGAACUGUUAACAAUUUCCUGUAGAAUCUACAGUAACUUACUGUAAAUCAUUCGUUCAUUUUCUUUUCGGCUUCGUCCCUUUAUUAAAAAAAAAAAGUUUUUUUAUUAAAAACAAAACAAAACAGUGGAAUAAACCGCCAACUUAUCCAGCAUAUGUUUUACGCAGCGGAUGCCCUUCCAGCUGCAACCCAUCACUGGGAAACACCAAUACACCCCCCCAUUUACACACAUACACUACGGAAAAUUUAGCUUACCCAAUUCACCUGUACCACAUGUCUAGAGACUUGUGGAGGGAAACCGGAGCUCUCGAGGCGUUCCCAGGCCAGCCGAGAGACAUAGUCCCUCUAGCGUGUCCAGGGUCUUCCCCGAGGCCUCCUCCCGGUAGGACAUGCCUCGAAGACCUCCCUGGGUAGGCAUCCAGGAGGCAUUCGAAACAGAUGCCCGAGCCACCUCCACUGACUCUGAUGUGGAGGAGCAGCGGCUCUACUCCGAAUUCCUCCCGGGUGACAGAGCUCCUCACUCUAUCUGUAUGGGUGCGCCCUGCCACCCUGCGAAGGAAACUCAUUUUGGCCGCUUGUAUCCAAGAUCUUAUCCUUUCGAACAUGACCCAAAGCUCAUGACCAUAGGUGAGAGUGGGAAUGUAGAUUGACCGAUAAAUCGCACCAAUCUGUCUGUCAAUCUCACGUUCCAUCCUUCCCUCACUCGUGAACAAAAACCCAAGAUACUUGAACUCCUUCACCUGGGGUAAGGACUUUCCUCCAACCUGGAGUUGGCAAACCACCUUUUUCCGGUGGAGCACCAUGGCCUUGGACUUAGAGGUGCUGAUUCUCAUCCCAGCCAUGUCACACUCGGCAGCAAACUGCCCAAGUGCAUGCUAAAGAUCCAGGUUUGAUGAAGCCAACAGAACAACAUCAUCUGCUUAUAACAGAGAUGAGAUCCUGUGGUCCCCGAACCAGACCCCCUCCAGCCCAAGGCUGUGCUUUGAAUUCUGUCCAUUCAAAUGAACAGAAUUGGUGACAAGGGGCAGCCCAGCCGGAGUCCAACAUACAUCGGAAACAAGUUUGACUUGUUGCCAGCAAUGCGAACCAAACUCCUACUCUUUUCAUACAGGGAUGAGACAGCCCUUAACAGAGCACCUCUGACGCCAUACUCCCAGAGCACCUACCACAAAAUGCCAUGAGGGACACGGUCGAAUGCCUUCUCCAAGUCCACAAAACACAUGUGGACUGGUUGGGAAUACUCCCAUGAAACCUCGAGCACCCUGGUGAGGGUAUAGAGCAGGUCGAGUGUACCACGACCUGGACGAAAACCACAUUGUUCCUCCUCGAUCCCAGGUUCAACCAUCGGCCGGAUCCUCCUCUCCAGUACCCUGACAUAGACUUUCCCAGGGAGGCUGAGUAGUGUGAUCCCCCUAUAGUUGGAGCACACCUUCCGGUCCUCCUUCUUAAAAAUGGGUACCACCACCCCAGUUGUCCAGUCCAGAGCUACUGUCCCCAACCUCCAUGCGAUACUGUAGAGACGUGUCAGCCAAGACAGCCAUACAACAUCCAGAGACCUAAGAUACACAGGGUGAAUCUCAUCCAUCCCUGCUGCUUUACCACUGUGGAGCUUGCAAACUACCUCAGUGACCUCAGUGUGGGUGAUGGGCGAGUCCACCCCUGCAUCCCCAGUAUCUGCUUCCUUAAUGAAAGACUUUCAGUGAGGUUAAGGAGAUCCUCAAAGUAUUUCUUCCACCGCCCGACAACAUCCUCAGUCGAGGUCAACAGCUCCCCCACCGUUUUCACAAUGCAGCUUUAAAAUACAGUAACAUACUGUAUACCUGCCCUACAGUAAAGUACAGUAAAAAAAAAAAAAACAAUAACAUCAUUAACAGUGUAUAUUUGAUCAAUAACUGCACUUUUAUUCAUGUCAAAACAUUAUUUUAGUCUUGAUGAAGAAAACAAAUGCUAAUUAGCUGCUCAAUAAAUAUUUCUGGAUGCGAUCAAAUACUCAAACAAAAUAUUUUUGCUGUUUGUUCAAACUACUAAUGUAAAUUGAGCC